AUGUCAUCCAUUUUGAACUCUGUGCGGGACACCCUAUAUGCGGUUACCUCCUGCUGUUUCCCAAAUCCGAUAAUUCACAUAAAUCGCCGAACUUUCAAAGUGAUCAAAUUGCUUGCUGAGGGGGGCUUUUCCUUCGUUUAUCUGGUGCAGGAUGCCAGCACUGGUCGCUUCUAUGCCCUUAAAAAGAUUCGAUGUCCUAUCGGAAGUGAUUCGGUAAAGAAUGCGAUGAAAGAAGUUGAGAUGUACAAGCUAUUCCAGCAUGAGAAUAUUAUCAAAGUUAUCGACACUUGCGUUGUGCAAGAUAAAGACGGUGGCAAAAUAGUUUAUAUUUUUCUUCCAUAUUACAAGAGUGGAAAUCUUCAAGACGCAAUAAAUAACAAUUUGGUGCACGAGUCUCAUUUUGAAGAGAAGAACAUGCUCAAAGUAUUCCGAGGAAUUUGUAGCGCCGUUCAAAUUCUUCAUAAAUAUAGAUUUCCGUGUGUCCCGAAGAGGUCGGAAAACGCUGAUGGUAACCAUAAGCUUCCGAAUGGAACCGUCACCGAAAACAGUAUACUUGUCCAAGCCACACAAAACGAUGAUGAUAUUGUGCCAUUUGCGCAUAGGGAUAUCAAACCUGGUAACGUUUUAUUAUCCGAUGACAUGCAAACCCCCAUUCUGAUGGAUUUUGGCUCUCUAAUUCGAGCACGAAUAAAGAUUGAGAAUCGCAACCAAGCGUUGAUGCAACAAGAUUUAGCAUCGGAACAUUCAACCAUGCCUUAUCGUGCUCCCGAAUUACUCGAUGUCAACACUAAUACAGAGCUAAACGAAAAAGUUGAUAUUUGGUCAUUGGGGUGUACUCUGUAUGCGAUGGCUUACGGAAAAUCACCUUUCGAGAACAGCCUCAGCGAGCAAGGGGGAUCGAUAAGACUAGCCGUUCUUAGUAAUCAAUUCAAGUUUCCCGAGCAAGAUAGAUACUCUCAAGAAUUUAGAGAUUUAAUUAGUUUCAUGCUAAAAGUCGAUCCUAAGCAACGGCCUGAUAUCGACCAGGUGAUCGAAAGAGUGGAUGGCCUACUAGAAAGUUCGGAGUCGUAA